CACGGUAAGUACUUGUAUAUAUAUAGCCUCACGGCGGACAGGGCAUCACCUCUCCGGUCGGAUUCUAUUAGUAAGGAGCCAUGAAGUUUCUGUGUGUUCUUCUCAUCCCAGCUGUUCUCGCUGCUGUUCCCAGCAAAAGAGUUCUCUUUGACACAUUUCUGAACAGUCAAGAGGCUACACACUUGAUUGACCAGCUUGUGGAAAGCUUGGCAACUAAUGAUAACGAGGCUAAAUGUGAGCAGGAAUGUCACGUGUUGAUUACAAACCAGGACUCCGUUUUCCAGCAUCUGUGCCCCUUCAUGUGCCAUUCAGCUAUGCAGGCCCUUGGCAAUCUCCAUAGUCCUAACACGGAUCCUACAGCCGGCAAGCGCAUGUUGCUCGACUCUUUCCUGAACACACAGGAAACCUCCAAAAUCAUUGAUCAACUUGUAACUACACUGAGUUCCGAUACAACAGAGGUUGCAUGCGAGAAAGAAUGCCACAUUCUGAUCGCCGAUUCUACUUCUGUAUUCCAGCACAUGUGCCCAUUCCUCUGUCACUCAGCCCAGGCUAUCGUCGGAAACCUCCACCAUUCUUCGGCUCCCGCCUCACCAGCAAAACGUCUCGUUCUUGGAAACUUCAUCAACACACAGGAGACAUCCAACAUCAUUGACCAGCUUGUUGCCACUCUGAGUUCCGAUUCAUCAGAGGUUGCCUGUGAGAAAGAGUGCCACAUUCUGAUCACCGACUCUACCUCUGUCUUUCAGCACAUGUGCCCAUUCCUUUGUCACUCGGCCCAGGCCAUCAUUGGGAAUCUUCACCACACAACCGCUGCCCCUGUCCAGAAAAAGCGAUUUUUGGUUGAUACCUUGUUGGCCAACCCAGAGGUCAACGUUUUGGUGACCAGCUUGGUUGCUGUCCUUGGAUCUGAUCCUACAGAGCAGACCUGUGAAAAGGAAUGCGUCGUCCUGAUGCAUGCCGAUAGCGUUAUGCAUCAUUUGUGCCCAUUUGUGUGCCAUUCCUUCCAGCAAUUGGUUUCAAAAGUUCAUCUGACAAGCUCUCCAUCAAACCCAUCAAAGAGAUUCCUCGUUGACACUCUUCUGAGUAACCCAGAAAUCAGUGUUUUGGUCAGUGGGCUUGUGGCCACCCUGGGCUCUGACCCCACCGAGCAGGCUUGUGAGUCUCAGUGCGUGACCAUGAUCCACGCUGACAACUUCCUACACCACCUUUGCCCAUUUGUCUGCCACUCAUUCCAGGAGUUGGUUCAUAAUGUGCAUCUCACACCAUCUGUAUCCAACCCCGUUCACAAAAGAUUUUUGAUUGACUCUCUCCUCAACAACCCCGAGGUCAGUGUAAUUGUUAACAGCCUGGUCAGCACCCUAGGGUCCGAUCCCACCGAGGCCGCCUGUGAGUCCCAGUGCACCAAUAUUGUACAUGCCGACAACGUCGUCCACUUCCUCUGCCCUCUUGUCUGCCAUUCCUUCCAGUCUUUAGUGCAGAAGGUUCAUCUCAGUUCUCCUAUGGGAAACCCGGCUCAAUAGAAAUAAUAUAUAUUUUUUUUACACAACGAAAGUUUAUUCCUGAAAUAAGAUUUAAAAAAAAUAUUAUGUUGUAAUAAUAUAAUAUAAAUAAUAGGACCUUAAA